AUGUCUAUCAUCCUGCCCGACUGGGUAGCUCACCACAACGAUGACAAGAAGGGCAAACUCUCCACCAUCUUCAGUGUCGCUGUUCAUCCCGACUCGAGCCGCCUAGCUACUGCCGGCUUAGACACCAAAAUUCGCAUCUGGUCCACCGCCACCAUCCUCGAUCCGGUAGCCGAUAAGGACCCCAACUCGCAUCGACUGCUCUCCACCCUCUCCAGACACACCGGCAGCGUCCUUGUAGUGCGAUGGGCCAACUCGGGCCGAUUCCUCGCCUCGGGAUCCGACGACACUGUUGCUCUUAUUUGGGAUCUGGAUCCAAGCGGCAUGGGCGGAGGCAGUUUCGGCUCGAGUGAGGUUAACAUCGAAAGCUGGAGGCCGUAUCGUCGUCUAGCAGGGCAUGAAUCCGAUGUGGUGGAUCUGGCAUGGGCGGAAGACGACGAGUUCAUUGCCACCGUCGGUCUCGAUUCCAAGGUCAUGAUCUGGUCCGGCUCCACUUUUGAGAGGCUACGUACCAUCGACGGCCAUCAAGGUUUCGUCAAGGGCGUCGUCUUCGACCCGUUGGGUCAGUACCUUGCGACAGCGUCCGAUGACAAGACGGUCAAGAUCUGGCGCACCUCCGACUGGGGCCUCGAACGAUCCGUGACGGAACCUUUCCUCACAAGUCCUUCCACCGCCUUCUUCCGCCGUCCAAGUUGGUCGCCGGACGGAAGCUUGCUGCUCUGCGCCAAUGCCAUGAGCGGACCUGUCUUUGUCGCCAGCGUCGUUAAGAGGUCCAAUUGGAGCAGCGACAUCUACUUUGUCGGCCACGAGAACGCCGUCGUCGUCACCGCCUGCAGCCCCAAGAUCUUUGUCGGCUUCGAUGGUGGUACCCAUUCGUGUGUGGUAGCCAUGGGCUCACUGGAUCAGUCUGUCUCCAUCUGGGUCACUGGCCUCGAGCAGCCUGUCCUGGUGGCUAGAGAUGUCUUUGAGCGUCAAGUCAUGGAUCUCUCUUGGUCGGCUGACGGAUACACACUCUAUGCUUGUUCCUCCGAUGGCACCGUCGCCGUCUUCCGGCUCUCGCCAGAACUCAUCUCGGACGCCCUCAGUGCCGAACGGCUCGAGCAAUCGCGUGCAAAGCACGGCGUCAAGCGCAUCCGCAAUGUUGCCGCCACCUCCCUCAGUGCAUCGACCACAGGAACCUUGGACCGCCCCAACGUCCUUCAACCACGCAAAGCCGGCCAGCCACAAGCAGCGCGAGCAUCCGUGGCGCCCGUGCCCAUCGCAGGCACCGUCGCUCCCGUUCGACCAGCAGCAUCCAAAACCGAACGUCUUCAGCAGACCAUCACCAUCACCAAGGAUGGCAAACGCCGCAUCCGGCCUACACUCAUUGGCGACGAUUUGGCGCCGCCACCGGCCUCCUCUGCUCAGUACGCGCCCGCGCCCGUUACAGCAUCACAUACUGCCAUGCCCACCAUCCAUCAGCAUCAGCUGCCAGCCAUGCGCGAGGCAUUCGGCGGAACCACAACAGAUGGGUUUGGAGCUCAACCGAGUGUCAACGGCGUUCACGCAGGUAUGGCGAACGGUACCUUCCACGAAUCUGCAGCAGCAGCAUCAACUACAGCAGCAGCAACAGCGACCCAUCUCUCGAUGCCUGCAAUGGCCGUGCCCGCAGGCGCUGCCGCAUCGAUGAUGCCUUAUGUUCCGGUGGGUCUGCCGUUCGGCAUCAUGCCCGAAGGAGCUAGUCCCGAAGACAUGAUGCAGUUCUGGACCGAGUUCCAGCAGCGUUUCAUGCGCGGCAAGAAGCGCAAAGCGGAUGCAGUCGAAGCCGAGAGCGACUCGGAGGACAUUGAGCCCAUUGGCAAGCUGCAGAAGGGCAAGACGCGCGCAGAUAUCGGCCGAACUCUUGGGCAAGAGCAUCCGCGCGAUCCACCUGGUCCAAAGAAGGUGCUUCGGGAAGCUCUGACCGGGGUUAGCGGCAUCGUCGAGAACGGUGUACGCAAAGGCGUGCAUCUCACCGUGCCCGAAACGCUCAGUAUCUAUCGUCGGGACGAAGAUGGAAUAUCGAUCGAGAUUCGCAACUUUGAUGAAUCACGCCCCACCGAGAUCGCAAGGCUCGAUGCAUCGGACAAGGAUCGCGUCUUGUGGCUUGAUUUCAGUCCGACAGCGGCGACGCUGGCCACGGCCACCCCAUUCUUUUCGGCAGUGGCACUGGACGAUUCGACGGUGCUGAUCUACUCUGCCCGUGGACGAAGGGUGGGCAAUCUGCUGCUCGAUUCGGCGUGCUAUCGGCUGGAAAGCAACGGGGUUGUGUUGAUGGCGGUGACGGUCUCUGGGCUCAUGUACCGCUGGAACAUCCGCGCAGACCGCGAAAUCCACCGCCCCGUCUCGGUGCUGAAUCUACUGGGCGAUUCCGAGAAUCUGUUUUCAAUGGCGGUACAUGCCAACGGAGCGCCCAUCGUCAUCCUGCAGAGCGAAAAGGCGUACACGUUUGACGACAAGAAGCUUGGAUGGGUGUGCAUCAGCGACGGAUGGUGGGCCGAGCACUCGGAAGCCUGGGAUGGACGUAUGCGCAGCCGUGGCAGCGAGGCGUCGAUCCGGGAUCCUGUGCGUGCGAUCGAGGCCGAGAUCAAUACAAUGUACGUGCGUCGCGUCCACGGUGACAACCAGGUCGGGGCGCAGGAAGAAUCGGACGACGACGAGACGCCGCCCGUCGAGAUGAGCGUGCCCGAAGACAAGCAGUCGGACUUUGUGAUUGCUGUCACGCUGCGCCAUCUGGAAGCCAGGAUGCUGGCUGCUACGAUCCUCGACAGCGCCAACGAGUACAAGAACCACUUGAUGGCGUAUGCCAAGCGCAUCGCAGAAGAAGGCAUAAAAAAUCAGGCUGAGGACCUGAUCAAGUGGCUGAUUGGGCCGAUCUACUACAAGCCCGAAAGGGACCAGGAUCAGCAGUGGGAGCCUACAAUUGUGGGGUUGGACAAGCGUCAGCUCUGCAGCCAGGUGCUGCAGGUUCUGGCGAGGCCGCGCAACCUGACUUCCCUCGUUCAGCCAUACCAGGAGAUCCUAGCCAAUAUGAAGGCUUAG